CUCCUGCCCGCCCGGCGCAUGCGCGGCCGCGGGCGGCGGGCUGAGGGCGGCGGCGCCGCGAUGGGGCUGCUGGAGCAGUGCGAGGCCGCCUUCGGCGCCGCCGACCUGUACCGAGCCCUGGGCGUCCGCCGCGGGGCCUCGCCCGAGGAGAUCCGCCGCGGCUACCACCGCGCCUCGCUCCGCGUCCACCCCGACCGAGUCCCGCCCGAGGAGAAGGAGGAGGCGACGCGGCGGUUCCAGAUCCUGGGCAAGGCGUACGCCGUGCUGAGCGACGCGGAGCAGCGCGCCCUGUACGACGAGCAGGGCACGGUGGACGAGGAGGGCGAGGCGCUGAGGGCCGAGCGGGACUGGCAGGAGUACUGGCGGCUGCUCUUCAAGAAGAUCACCGUGAAAGAUAUUGAGGAUUUUGAGAAGACCUACAAAGAUUCAGAGCAGGAGCUAGCAGAUAUCAAAGCAGCGUACGUGGAUUUUGAGGGUGACAUGGAUAAAAUAAUGGAGUCUGUGCUGUGUGUGGACUAUACGGAUGAGCCGAGAAUAAGGAAAAUCAUAGAAAAAGCCAUUGACUGCAAAGAAGUCCCAUCCUACAAAGCUUUUGUCAAAGAGUCUAAGCAGAAAGUCAUGGCAAGAAAAAGGCGGGCAGAAAAAGAAGCAAGAGAGGCAGAAAAGUCUAAACAAGAACUGGGCCUUGGUGAUGGAGAAGAUGACUUGAAAGCACUGAUUCAAAGCAGAAAUAAAGAUCGUAAAAAGGAAAUGGAUGACUUUUUGUCCCAUCUGGAAGCAAAAUAUGGGAACAAUCCUAAAAAGGGAGGAAGGAAGACUGCAGCCAAGAAAGGAAAGAAAUAAAGGACUAUGUAGGCUGAAA